UGUUAUGUGAUUUUAAGUUCGGCUAUUUAUUUAUAAAUGCAAAAUAAAAGUUCACAUAACAUCCCGUUGUUAACUUAACUGCUGGAAGCGCAAAGGGAUAAACACCAUAGAAUAUAAUCUCUUAAUUAUUCAGGUCAUAUGCUGUCAUAUCUAUGCUGUCGGGAACCUUGAGGGACUAUCUGCAUAUAUGAGGGGAGCGAACGUUGAUGGCCAUUAGGUGUAACAUGCUCCGCUCGUAGAUUUGCUUGGUGCUCAGAGGAUGUUUAAAUAUCAGUGUCAAAACAAAACAUGCUUAUUGUUUGUUGUUAUAGUAUGGAUCAGCUACACCAAAAGAUCCUUUAGCACCCUAACGGGGGCCAUACAAGCUGGAAAAUAGCUCAGAAAUAGAGAGGAACAAAUUAAUUCUGCUAUAUUUUCUUGAUAAUUGUAAGUGAUGUUGGCGGAGUAAAUUGCACUAUACUUGUCGCAGUGAGGGAAACCAUAAAACAAAAACGGAAUUUUUAUUCUGUCUUGUGAUUAUAAUCCAAAUAAAGAUCAGAAUAACGAAAUGGAUCAAGAAAAUGAUAAAACUGUUCUCGUCGAAUGCAAUAAUACAUAUGAAUCUACUGCGAAUACUACAGGUGGAACUGAGUGCAACAAAUUUAAAAUCGCAGCAAACGAAAGCUAUAUAGCCUCUUGUGAAACAUAUGAUGAUUCUUUUCAAGGCAAGAAAUACUACUCGUGUACAUACUGCCCUUACCGCUGCCCGAAGAAGAGUAACUUCAUCCUACAUACAAGGGUCCAUACUGGAGAGAAGCCGUUCUCAUGUAAACUCUGUGAAUACAGAUGCUUAAGCCAAGCUAGACUAGCUAGACACAUGAUCUGCCACAGCGGUGAGAAACCUUUCUCUUGCACCUACUGUGACUUCAAAUGUACUCUGAAGACCAAUCUGCAAGUUCAUGUGCGAGCACACACAGGGGAAAAACCGUAUGCUUGCAAGCAAUGCGAUUACAAGUGUGCACAGAGCAGCACUUUGGUCUCACACAUGAGGUCUCACACCGGAGAGAGACCUUAUACAUGCAACGUCUGUGAAUACAAAAGUGCUUAUAAGAGCCAUCUAGUGGGCCACAUGAGAAGUCACACCGGAGAGAAACCGUACCAGUGCACGAUUUGCGACUACAGAUGCGCGAUCAGCAGUGCAUUGACCAUACACAUGGUUGGCCAUAACGAUGAGAAAAAGUACGUUUGCUCGUUCUGCCAGUAUAAGUGUAAACGCAAAUCAGAAAUUAACGCUCAUUUACGAAUCCACACCGGAGAGAAACCGUUUUCCUGCAGCCUCUGUAAAUUCUCUUGUGCGAGGAGCAACGUUUUGGUGAAUCACAUGAAGACUCAUUCCGGGGAGAAGCCCUUCUGGUGCCACCAUUGCCAGUAUAAAUGCGUGCAAAGGGGUACGCUCAUCAACCACAUGAGGACCCAUACGGGGGAGAAACCGUAUAAAUGUAAAUUAUGCAAAUUCAGAUGCUCGAAAAGUUCUAAUCUAAAGUCUCAUAUCAGGAGUCACACCGGCGAGAAACCAUUUGAAUGCAACGUUUGCGAUUAUAAAACAGCAACUAAAGCCCAUUUGAACAAACACGUUCAGACUCAUGCGAGGAAAUCUAAAUUAGUGAAUAUCUCCAAAACCAGUAACAGUGUUAAAGCCUAUGAGUGUAGUGUUUGUGAUUUCAAAACGAAGAAAAAAGUGAUUUGGGAUAAACAUUUAAGUACUCAUGUGGAAAAUUUUGUAUCCUAUGCGAGUACUCAUCUGCAAAAAACCUAUGAAUGUAGUGCGUGCGGUUUUAAAGCGAAUGAUGAAAGCGCUUUAGAACAGCAUAGCAAGAGUCAUUUGAAAGUUUACACUUGUGAUGUUUGCUAUGAAGCCUGUCCAGAUGAGUGCAGCCUGGCUAAGCAUGUGUGCAUUAAAAGCGAUGUACACUCUCACUCAUGUAAAAGUGAAAUUAAUAAUACUGUGAUCGAAUCGCAUUUUGUUGAAAUAAAGCAAGAGUUACCCGACAUCACGGAAGAGGACCAUAAUAUUGAAACACCAAAAAUCUCUCAUAUCAAUGUGUUUAAACAAGAGUUAGACGUUAGCUAUGAAAUGGAUGAUAUGAGUGACAGUGUUGAUAAACCAACAACUGUAACAUAUAUCAGCUUUACACCUGAGUGCACUAAUCCGACGGAUGAAUGGCCGUGGAUCAAUACAACAGAUGUCAAACCUGACAUAAGUUUGAUUGAAAUAGCUCAAAACCCUGUACCCGACACAAAUGUUGUACCAUAUUCAUGUGACAUAUGUCAGGCGAAAUAUGCGCGUAGCAUCGAUUUGUGCAUUCACAUGAGAUCGCACUCUGAGUCCGGGCUCUGCAAGAAGAUUUACUGUUGUGAGCAUUGCUUGUAUCAAAGCGAAUUUAGGCAUGCUUUAGCGAAACACAUGAUAACACACAUAGCUGACGAUAAGAAUCUUUACUUUUGCCCAUUAUGCAGUUACAAAUCCGGGCAUAAACGGUAUUUGUUAGAUCACAUGAUGACUCACACGAGUCAGAAACCGUUCUCAUGUCAGCACUGCGGCUUAAGAUUCGAGAACCGAGCGCAUCUUAGUACCCAUACGUGUACUUACACUGGUGGGAAGUCGUAUGCUUGCGUGUAUUGUGAGUACAGGUGCGCGCUGUUAAGUGAUCUCAAAAAACACAUGUAUAGGCACUCGGGUCACAAACCUUACUUGUGUACGAAAUGCAAUUACAAAUGUGGACGUCCUGGUGAACUUAAAUUACAUACAAUAGCUAACACUUUAGAGAAGUCUUACACGUGUGAGCUAUGUGAUUUUACAAGUUCGCAUGCUUGCAGUUUGAUUAAUCACACAAAAACCCACAAUGGUGAGAGGCGUUAUUCGUGUAAGCUUUGCGGCUUCAAGUGUUCAUUAAGAAAAGUUCUAAGAAAGCACACAAGGACACACAUUUAGUAGAUUUUCACUGCUGCAUUGUGAAUGUCAGUAGUCGCUAGUGUCAGUAGUCUUUAAUAAAAUUGAACAAGCACAUGAAAUUUCCCCGUUAAAACCCGUGCGUGCAGAUUCGAAAUCCACAUGAGAACCCAAAUUGGUGAAAAACCCUACUACCCUAGAACCCAAAUUGGUGGAAAACCCUACUACUAAAAUAUUGUUGCAAUCUUACUAAGCAAUAUUUUCGCUAAAAACUGCCCUGAGAAUUCACACGAGGACGGAGAGUUGGGAGAUAAUUUCAUAUGCAUUUUUAAAAAAACAUGUUUACUAAAGAGUUAUUUUUACAAGCACGUGCAGUCGACCUCCCUGGCGCAACGGUGAGCGCUGUGAAUUUGAAUAGGAGGUCAUAGAUUCGAUUCCCAGCAGGGGCAUUUUGCGAAUAUAUAACGUCUGUAAAUUCUUUGCUUGGGUCGGGAUAAGUUACCAUCCUACCGACAAAGACGUGCCGCUAAGCGAUUUAAUGUUCCGGUGCGAUGUCGCGUAGAAACCGAUUAGGGGUAUGACUACCAUACUCCCUAACAGAAUAGCCCGCUACCAUUUAGACUGCAUCAUCACUUACCAGGUCAGAUAGCAGUCAAGGGCUAACUUGUAGUGAAUUUUUUUUUGUUGAGUAACUCUACAUAGUAAGCAUUGCUACAAUAUUUUCGCUAAAAACUGCCCUGAGGACCGAGAAUUGGGAGAUAAUUUUAUAUGCACUGUUAAAAAAAGAUGUUCGCUAAAGAGAGAAUUAUCUCAACAUGUACGUGCAGUUUCCCGCAAAGAACCUAAAGUGUUUAUACGUGUUAAAUGAUUGCAGCCUUAAAACCCACAUUGGUAUAAAACCCUACUCACACAAGCAACAUGUUAUUAGCUAACUUAGCUAUUACGCAAUACCAGAUUGUUCCCUCCAAAAUACAGUCUAGGGUUAUUCAAGGUGCGGUUAACCAUACUCCUUAAAAGCCGGCAACACAUCGCUGGCUCCUCUGGUGCUGCAGAUGUUUAUGGGCGGUGGUGAUCACUUUACGUCAGGCGACCGAUGACCAUCGUUUGCCCCCAAGUAAUAAAAAAAAAACUUGCUCUGAGAAUCCACACACGGACACAGACACACAAACACAGUCAUACACACACCCAAACACAGUCAUACACACCCAAACACAGUCAUAUACACACACAA